CCCAACCAAAAUGGAGAGAACAAUAUUUGUUGCUAUUCUUCUCCUUUUCUCACUUCCGCCUCUGAUCUCCACCACUAAAACCCACCACAGCUACCUCUCACCACCAAAAACUCACUUCUCACCACCAUCACCGCCAAAAAAACCUCACUUCUCACCACCGUCACCGCCACCAGAGACUCACUUCUCGCUGCCAUCACCACCCAAAAAUACUCGCUUCUCACGGCCACCACCAAAGAGCACUGCACCGAAAACUCACCAUUCACAACCAAUAAACACUCCACCAGAAGCUCACAUCUUGCCACCAUCACCACCAAAAAAAACUAACUUCUCACCGCCAUCACCACCAAAAAAAACUCCACGAAAUACUCGCUACUCACCACCACCAAACAGCACUGCACCCAAAACUCACCAUUCACCACCAACAAACACUCCACCAAAAACUCACGUCUCACCAGCAUCAGCGCCACAGCCGGGGACCACGUUAUCGGUACUAUCGUUCCUCGUGGGUCGCUCUGGGAGGAUUGUCCUGGGGUUUAUCGCUGUUACGAUUGUGUCCCUAAUUUCGUUUCUUUGUCGCAAAUGGUGUCAUCCACCAGUACCACCACCGCCUCCACCCCAGUCACCGGAUGGACGCCCAUCGCCACAGAGAUCACCAUCGCAUAGGCCGCUACCCUCCUCUUUUUUAUGGGGUCUCGUUACCUCAUCUUUGGCAUAUGAAUCUUCAUCCGGAACUUGAUAACCCUACGUUUGAAAAUGAAGUUUGCAGGAAGAAGAUC